AUGGCUGGAGUGGGACCAAGAAUUCAAUUCGGGACUGCAGGCCUUCGCGGCCGGAUGGCGGCAGGGUUCUCCUGCAUGAACUCUUUGACCGUCAUCCAGGCGUCGCAAGGCCUAGCCAAGUAUUUGAAGGAUAAACAUACGGACAGUGCUUCGGGCGGAGUGGUUAUUGGCCAUGAUGCUCGUCAUAACUCGGCCAAGUUUGCAGCUUUGGCUGCGAAUGCCUUCAUCUCACAACAGAUCCCGGUUUGGUUCUAUUCCGAACCCUCUGUGACUCCAUCCGUGCCUUUUGGGGUAACUCACUUAAAAGCUGCUGCUGGUAUUAUGAUCACUGCAAGCCAUGUAGGCUACUUUAAGAACGGCGCCCAAAUCAACACCCCCAUUGAUGUAGAGAUAGCCCAAUCAAUUGAGGAAAACUUGGCCCCCUGGCCUGGCGCCUGGAAAGAUCUCCAGGAAUGCGAAUAUCUACACGCCGAUGCGUACAAGACCAUCUUGCCUCACUAUACCAAGACAGUUUGGGAUUACGCCAACUCAACUGUGUCUGACUGGAAACAACCAAGACCUUUUGUCUACACACCCCUGCACGGAGUUGGAGGCCUUGUCUUCCCCGACCUCUGCCGGUCUGUGGGCGUAACCGAAUUCACGCCUGUGCCGGAACAAGUAGAACCCAACCCGGAUUUCCCGACAGUAUCAUUCCCUAACCCUGAAGAAGCUGGUGCUUUGGACCUGGCCAUGCAAACCGCUGAUAGGGAAGGCAAAACCCUGAUCAUUGCCCAUGAUCCAGAUGCGGAUCGCUUUGCUGCCGCGGAAAAAGUUGACGGAUCAUGGUUUUCUUUCACAGGUAAUCAUAUCGGAGUCUUACUCGCAUCGCACCUGUUUGACGCCUUGGAGAACAAAAACGACGCACGCAUUGCGGUCCUAAACUCCACAGUGUCGACAGGCAUGCUCGAGAAAAUGGCAACAGCCAAGGGCAUUCAAUUCGAAGAAGCACUAACCGGUUUCAAAUGGAUGGGGAACAUUGCCCGACGCCUCGAAAGCGAGAGCUACAAUGUCCCCUAUGCAUUCGAAGAAGCACUAGGCUACAUGUUCCCAGCCGUCUGCCACGACAAAGACGGUAUCACAGCAGCGAUGGUCUUCCUAGCAGCACAAGCCAAAUGGCAAUCGCAAGGACUCACCCCCUACAUGAAACUACAGCAGCUCUUCAAGGAAUAUGGCCACUACGAAACUCUCAACAAUUACUUCCGCUCCCCGAACCCGGAGACAACAAUGGUAUUGUUCGGCGCUAUCCGGAAUGGACCCUAUAGAGCCGAGAAGACCCUAGGACCGUUCAAAAUUCUGCGCUGGCGAGAUAUGACCGAGGGCCAUGAUUCCGGCACGGCCGACAACAAGCCUACGCUGCCAGUAGAUAAGUCGAGCCAGAUGUUGACUCUCUGGUUGGACCAGGAUGUGCGGUUUACGUUCCGUGCCUCGGGGACGGAACCCAAAGUUAAGCUGUAUGUUGAAAGCUGUGGAGCGUCUCGUGAACAGGCUGUGGAUGCUGUUUGCAACGCCUUCCUUGCUGUUUUGAAGGAAUGGGUGCUUCCCUUUGCGCCAUCUAUGACGCAUAGCAGACAGAUGCCUACAUCGUCGGGCCACGUGUUUCAGAUUCCCGAAUAG